CAGCGGACAAAGAUGUGAACAGAGUGGGGUUUGUGAUCUAGAAAAAUAUUUUUUCCUUAUUAUUUGAUAAGGAAAACAUGGCGAACUCAAGUUUUCAAAAUGCGACUACUCGCAUGACUUCCUUUCAGCCUCACAACGGUGAGAUCAUGGAAAAUCCACUGCGGACCUAUCUCCUGGGAAUCAUAAUUGCCAUGUGUGGGAAUGUCCUCAUCAGCAUUUCACUCAACAUACAGAAAUAUGCCCACGUCCGUCAGUCUCAGCGUGGCUCCAAGCCCUACUACACCUCUGUGAUGUGGUGGUGUGGAGUGCUUCUCAUGGGUGUCGGGGAGCUGGGGAACUUUGCUGCCUACGGCUUUGCCCCAGCAUCGCUCAUAGCCCCGCUGGGCUGUGUGUCUGUCAUAGCGAGCGCUAUCAUAUCUGUGGUUUUCCUCAAGGAGACAGUGCGUGCCUCUGAUAUUGUUGGUGGCACCCUGGCAAUAACAGGAACCUAUGUCCUGGUGACCUUUGCCCCCCACACUUCCACACACAUCACAGCCCAUUUGGUCCAGUACUACAUCAUCAGCUGGCAAUUCCUGCUUUACCUUUCAUUAGAGGUCAUCGUCUUUUGUAUCCUGCUCUAUCUUUACAAGAGGAGGAAUGUGAAGCACAUCGUCAUUGUGAUGCUGCUGGUGGCCCUGCUAGCCUCUCUGACAGUCAUCUCAGUCAAAGCUGUUUCAGGGAUGAUCACAGAGUCAAUAAAAGGCCAGCUGCAGCUCAUCUACCCCAUCUUCUACGUCAUGCUUGUCAUCAUGAUCGCCUCCUGUGCCUUCCAGAUCAAAUUUCUCAAUCAGGCAAUGAAAAUGUUUGAUGCCACAGAGGUGGUUCCUAUCAACUUUGUGUUUUUCACUGCAAGUGCCAUUGUUGCAGGGAUAGUAUUUUACCAGGAAUUUGAAGGCUUGGCUUUACUAAACAUUUUUAUGUUUCUUUUUGGUUGUCUUCUGUCUUUCCUCGGAGUUUUCCUGAUAGCCAGAAACAGGCCAAAAAUAAAGCAACAGGACCGCAAUUUUAUCGCAAUGAAUAAGAUUCCAGGGAGAAGGCACACAGACAAAGUGCAGCCCGAGGCUAAGACUCUGACAUACGGAUCGCUGGCAGCCAAACUCAUGUGCAACAGAGCUGGCCAAACAGACGAUUCAUAGGACCAGCUCCAUCUGUUUGGACUGUAAAUUUGGUGGAUUUUGUGUGUGUGUGUGUGUGUGUGUGUGUGUGUGUGUGUGUGUGUGUGUGUGUGUGUGUGUGUGUGUGUGUGUGUGUGUGUGUGUGUGUGUUUCCUCUUGGGUAUUUCUAUAAUAUCUCUAUUUAUAGAAAGUGGUAGGCAUUAUUUCCAACCAGUGCCAGCUGAGCAGCAGUAUUGGUGGCCAUAUUGGUCUUAGAUAUUUUGUUGAAAAUGCCAAGUAUCUCUCUCAAUAUCCUAGAAAUCUCUCGAGUGAACAGUAUUUGCAGCAGGGUUGUUAUGAAUAACUGAUGAGGAAAAAUUGACCUCAAGACCACAGUGCAACAUCAAAUGCCCUACUAGCAACAAAGUUUAAUUAAAAACAAAAAGGUCCAGGAGGUCAGUGACAAAUGGCUUCCAGUGUAACAUAUGUAUUAUGUAAAUCAGUUGAAUAAAUUGUUUUUUGUGUGAUAAGUUGUCAGUAA